AUGUCUUCUACAGAUUCAACAAAAUUUUUGGAUUUAUUUAAUAAUGUUGAUGAAUAUAAACAAACAAUAUGUUCAAAAGUUAUUGAUGUUAUUCGAACAUCAAAUCGAUUAGGUUUCGAAAAUUUUGAACAAAUAAUGACAAUUAAUUCUUGUCAGGAAAAAAUGAAUCUAUUAAGUGAAAAAAUAUUAAAUCGAAUCUAUCAACUAAAAUCUCAUAUUCAAUCCUCAAAUUGGAAUCAAUUUGAUACAGAUGAAAAACUCGAACAAUUAAUUGAUAUUAAUGAUACAUUAUUUGAACGAAUUGCAUCAGCACUUGAUGAAGCUGAUGGAAUAACAAAAACUUCUGUAUCAACAACCGUUCGACAAGUUUUAGAAAAACCACAAUUAAAAUUUAAACAUAAAAUUAAUAAUAGUACACAAAUACCUUUCAUUCCAAAAAUACGAAAUAAACCAAAUGCUCUAACACCAUUACCAACGAUUAUAAUGCAGAUGGAUAUGGAACCCAUUGAUCUUGAGUUAUUACAAAGACAUCCUGAAGUAUUAGAUCACCCAUAUUUUGAUGAAAUCGAAGCAUUUCAACCUGAUGAAAUACUUUUAAAAUCAGUUAUGCCUCAGUACCCAAAAGCAAUAGAAGAAACAAAAUGUUUAUUUGUUGAUUCACUUGAUAAAUUAAAAACUAUGAUGGAUCAUAUUGAAAUACAAUCGGAAUUAGCUGUUGAUUUAGAACAUCAUUCAUAUAGAUCAUAUCAAGGUUUUACAUGUUUAAUGCAAAUAUCAUCACGUACAGAAGAUUUUCUAAUUGAUACACUUAUUCUUCGAGAUGAACUAUCGGUUCUUAAUAAUGUUUUUACAAAUCCAAAAAUUGUUAAAGUAUUUCAUGGUGCUGAUUGGGAUAUAGAGUGGUUACAAAAAGAUUUUGGUAUUUAUAUUGUAAAUAUGUUUGAUACACAUCAAGCAGCAAAAGAACUUAAAUUACCGACUUUAUCACUUGCAUAUCUUUUGAAAACUUAUUGUAAUAUUGAUGCGAGUAAACAAUUUCAAUUAGCUGAUUGGAGAAUACGACCAUUACCUAAUGAAUAUCUUCGAUAUGCUCAAGAAGAUACACAUUAUCUUUUGUAUAUUUAUGAUCGUUUACGAAAUCAAUUAAUUGAGAAAAGCUCCGAUGCUCUUCAAUCAGUUUAUAAAAAAUCGAAAAUUGUUUGUCAAAAGUUAUACAAGAAACCAGUGUUUGAUGAAAAUGCAUAUAAAAUUCUUUAUACAAAAUGUCAUAAAACAACAUUCGAUGGUAUCCAAUUAGCUGCAUUAAAACUACUCUAUGCUUGGCGUGAUAAAAUAGCUCGAGAAGAAGAUGAAUCAACCAGUUAUGUUACACCCGAUCUAAUGCUAAUUCAUUUAGCUGAAUUAGUACCAAAAGAUGUGCAAGGAAUUCGAGCAAGUUGUAAACUAAUUCCAGAAUUAGUUAUGAAAAAUCUUGAAGAAAUUCAUCAAUUAUUAAUACAAGCAAUAGAAAAACCAUUAGAGAUAAAUAUGGAUGAAUUUUUACAAAAUAAACGCACUUUUUCAUCAACAGAUGUCAAUGUCUCAACGGAAUCAUCAUUAAAUAACAAUAUUAAACGAGUUAGAUUCGUUCCGGAAACAUAA